CUCUCAUAUAUACUUCUACAGUUCUACUGUAUAUUAUUCAUACUACAAUGCAAUUACCUAAAUGCAUAAUCGAUCUGCUUAGAUUUUUUCAAUGAUCUAGCUAGUAGUUUGCAUAUAUAUAUAUAUCAAGCUAGGGAAGCUGCAUAUUUCUCCAUAGAGAAUAUAUUUAACGAAUAAGAUCAGUUUAAAUACAUAGAAGCUUAAUAGAUUGUUCUAAGUGUUGUAUGUGCGCAUAGAAAAGGAUAAUGGACCAGCAAAAGAAGCAUCGCCGAAGAGUGAGUUUUUCAGACGUACAACAAGAGAAACCUGAAGAUUACAUAAACAACAGAGACAUUAUGAAAUCAGAAUCUUUUAGACGAGGGAGCUCAAUAAUGAAUAGCAAGGAAAGCGAUCAAUUCGCAGCAACCAUUGCAGCAGCAGCUUAUGCAAUAUACUCCCUAGAAGAAACGAGAGCCGAGUUCGAGAAAAGAAUGGUAGAGAGCUUUAGAGAGGAUCCUAAUUCAAUCAAGAGCAAGAGCAGGAUACAUAGUCGAGAUGAUAAUUCUUUUGAACGGUCGAGUUUAGGAAAUUUGAUGGGUCAAUCAUCACAAGUAGAAAGGAGAAAUGGUGAUGAUCAACGUUCAAAUUCUAUGUCAAGGAUUUCUACAAGAGCUAUUGAAAUAACAGGAUUAGAGCAAAGGGGAAGUAGAAGGUUGCCAAAUAAAGCAGAUGAAUGGGAGCAAGCGCGAUUAGCCAAAAUUAAUAAUUGGUAUGUGAAGAUGAGUAAGAAGAUCAUAGAUUGGGAGAAUGAGAAGAAGAAGAAUGCUAACAUUUCCAUGGAAAGAAGAAAGGCUGAAAUAGAGAGGUUAAAGAGGAUAAACUUGCAUCAUUACCAAAACAAGUUAGAUAAAAUUGAAGAUGUAGCUGUAGGAGCAAGGAAGCAUCUAGAAGAGAAGAAGCGAAACGAAGAAGCUUAUGCAAAACAACAGGCUAACAAGAUUAGAUCAACAGGAAGAGCUCCUGUUCAAUGUUUAUGUUUUGAUUGUUAAAUUAACAUGUAUGUACCUAGUACGGAGUACUAAUUAACUAUUACGCCGUAAUUUAAUUAGUACACCGUAUUUCGAGUAAGGAUUAUGAGAAAAUGACCUAGCUUAUUAGCUUAUAGAUAUUAUAUCGAUCAUUAGCUAAGAUAUUCAGAUGAUUAAUCAUGUUAUUGGCUAAGAAUAAUAACUCCCUUCGUUUUAAAAAAGAAAAAUUGCAACACUUUGACUAAAAAUGUGAGAGCUUUUUGGUCAAAAUGUUGUAAUUUUUGAAACGGAUAAAGUAUAUAUACGCAAGUAGCUAGCCGGGCUAAAAACCUGGGUGUGAUCAGCGAGUAGAGGGCCUGGAUUGAGGUUGUAGUGGGCUUUGGAGUACAAUAUGUGGAUCUACGUUUGUCUCAUGACAUAUUGACGUAUAAUAAUG